CGGUGGGACGGGCUCUGUGAGCGGGUGGGACGGGCUGUGUGAGCCGGCAACAGCAGCAGCAGCAGCAUGGGCGAGGUGUCGGAGAGGACCCUACACCUGGCCGUGCUCCUGUCCUUCACGUCGGGUCUGAUCGUGGGCUGGCAGGCCAACAUCAUGCGCCGCCGCUUCCUGGACUGGCGGAGGAGGCGGCUCCACUCUAAGCUGCUGGAGACACAGAAAAAACUGGACCUGGCUUGAGGAGGGAGAGAAGGAGAGACGGGAGCUGCAGGUUGAUAACCCGUAUCUACACAGAGAAAAUUCUGGAAUGUUAACGGUGGCUGUGAGGAAACUGAACUAAUCAACUUUGCAGAGUAUCGUGCAUCACUCUUGCUGAAGCCAGCGACUCCCCUUUGUUGCCUGAAGUGUUUUACUACUGCGUCAACUGUUGAUCAUGGUGCAAAUGAAUAGAAAUGGUGCUCGAAAUACUCCCUUUUUAUGUACAAACUGAUUUACCAUUUCUCACUUUCAAAUAAGACAUGUUUUUUGAAAAAUUAGUUUUGUGUGUGUGCGCGUGUGUGUGUGUGUGUGUGUGUGCGCAUCUGAAAUGACAAAUACUGACCCCGAGUUCCCAGUCAAAGUCAAUUUUAUUGGUCACAUGCACCCGAAGGUGCAGUGAAAUGAAUUUGCCAGCAGCGAUACACUUAAAAAGAACACACAAUACACAAUAAGAUUUAACACAAACAUCCAGCACAGCAUUCUUCACUGUGGUGGAAGGCAACAAAGUUCAGUCAGUCCACCUCCUUUGUUCACCCGUGGUUGGGGUCAUAGCAUUGUUCCUCCUCAACAAGGGCGGCACGGUGGUGCAGCGGGUAGAGAUGCUGCUUCACAACGCCAGAGACCCGGGUUCCAACCUGACUACGGGUGUUGCCUGUACGGAGUUUGUACGCUCUUGCCGUGACCACGUGGGUGCUCCGGUUUCCUCCAACACAACCAAAGACGUACAGUUCUGUAGGUUAAUUGGCUUUGGGUAAACAAAUUGUAAAUUGUCCUAGUGUGUGUAAGAUAGUGUUAGUGUACGGGGAUCGCUGGUGGGCUGAAGGAUGAAGCCUGUAUGAUUCCCUAACCCCAAAGGGCCUGUCCCUCUUGGCGAUUUUUUCGGAGACUGGCGGUAUCAUUGACUGACGUAUAAGGUCACUGAAAAAUUUGCGUCGUGACGCGGAGGUGAUGUGGCGGUGAUGCGGUGUGAUGACGUGUCGACGCGCGGUGUUGUUUCAAGUGUCGCAACAUUUUUUUUGUCGCCGCUGGAUUUUGAAAUGUUCAAAAUCUUUUGGCGACCCUGAUAUGGCGCCGGCAGUCGCCGAAAAUAUCGGCAAGUGGGGCAACAGGCCCUUAACUGUGAGUGUGCUGCAUGUAAUUCGCCAGCCCUGAUCACAUUUGAAGUUAUACAAUAGUUAGAUUUUCCUUUUUCGGUCAAGAUUUGUUGUUAUAAGUUGCAGUGGUUGUUACUGCUAAUAGUUUUGUGUCUAUUUACACUGACCUGUGUGUGGUUCUCAAUUAUUACUGGGAAAGGAAUGGUGUGAUUUUUGUUUUGUUUGUUUUGGUUCUUGGGUUCUACCUAACAAAUCUCAGGACUAACGUUGCACAAAACAUGCUGCAUGGAGCACUAGGUAGAUGUGAGGGGAUAUCUUGGGUGUGGGCCCAAUCAGUGUAAACACUGUUCAAAUAAAGCAGGGAUUUGUUGUUACAG